AUGGGGCUGAAUAACGACAACCGCGCAACUUACUGCUGCGGCUAUCAAAGCGAAAAUAAUAACGCUACUAGAUGCUCCAAUGGAGAUGCGCCCUUUGUAUUGGAUGAUGGAGAUAUGAUAUUCGGUCGGGCCGCGCUGGUUAAUGUUACCGCCAGUGGGUUCGACCCGUCCACAACAAAAACCACCAAUACUACGGGGGGAAACGAAGGAAACGGAGAAACCCCUUCACGUAAUAGCACUGCAGUAAUUGGCGUCGGCGUCGGCGUCGGCGUUCCACUGGGCGUUUUGGUGCUGUGUGGUGUGGCCUGGGCCCUCACUGAGCGACGACGAAGUAGGCGACGCCAACCGACCAUGACUGGGGCUGAGCAAGCGACUGAACAGGCUUAUCGACCUCCGCAACGAAAGUCUGGCCCGACAGAAUUGUAUCAGCCGACGAAGACGAACUCGGAUACUUUGAUUCAUGGGUCCCCUCUCGUGGAGAUUAUGGGGUCUGAAGCGCGACGGGAUUGA